AUGGAAAGGUCCACGACCGCGUCCCCCGACAAGAAAGACAAAAUGGACGGGAACGGCUUCGGCGAGCUCCCGAAGAAGCCCUCGCCCUCAGUGACACGAGCCCCCCACCACAUCUUCCCGCCCUUCCACACGCCCAUCCCCAUCGACAUGCGCCACCACGAGGGACGGUACCACUACGAGCCCCACGCGCUGCACGCCAUGCACGGCCCUGCCGGUCUGGCCGGAAGCCCCAUCCUCUCUGACAUCUCCCUGAUCCGGCUGUCACCCGGUGCUGUGGCGACGGGCGAGUCACCCUUCAGCCCUCCACAUCCGUACGUCAGCCCACACAUGGAGCACUACCUGCGCUCCGUGCACAGCAGCCCAACCCUGUCCAUGAUCUCCGCAGCCCGAGGACUCAGCCCUGCCGACUUGGCCCAUGAGCAUCUGAAGGAGCGUGGGCUGUUUGGACUACCUCCUCCUCCUCCUGGCUCCAGUCCUACAGAGUAUUACCACCUGAUGGCCAGCAGCCACCGCAGCCCCUACGGGGACCUGCUCAUGCAGGGGGCCGGGGCCACAGCCACCGGGGCCCACCUGCCCGACUACAUCACCCCCAUAGACGUGUCACGGUUCUCCAGCCCCAGACUGACGCCCCGGCUGAGCAGGAAGAGGGCGCUGUCCAUCUCCCCGCUGUCGGACGCCAGCAUCGACCUCCAGACGAUGAUCCGCACCUCUCCGAACUCGCUGGUGGCCUACAUCAACAACUCCCGCUCCAGCUCCGCCGCCAGCAGCUCCUACGGACACCUUUCUGUCGGAGGGAUCAGCCCCACCUUCCCCUUCCCCCACCCCAUCAACCCCAUGGCCUACCAGCAGCUCCUCUCACAGCAGCGAGGCCUCAGCGCCUUUGGCCACACCCCACCACUCAUCCAGACCCCGCCCACUUUCUCCAGCCGCCAGCCGGGCCUGGGUCCCUCUGGACCCCCCGCCGCCACCCACAACAUGCCGUCCAAGAAUCUAAGUGGUGACUCGGCAGUCAGCAGCACAGUUGACCCUUUGACCACCAAAAGGUCAAAGGUCAAGACUGAAGCUGAUGGACUGAGACCUGCUUCUCCUUGUUCACCGGACCACGUGGGCAGUGGGAUGGACAUGAAGGACGAUGUGGACAGAGAGGACUGCAAACAGGAGCCCGAGGCGCUUUACGAGACCAACUGUCACUGGGAGGGCUGCUCCAAAGAGUACGACACCCAGGACCAGCUGGUUCAUCACAUCAACAAUGACCACAUCCAUGGGGAGAAGAAGGAGUUUGUGUGUCGCUGGGAGGACUGCUCCAGGGAGCAGAAGCCCUUUAAGGCCCAGUACAUGCUGGUGGUUCACAUGCGACGGCACACGGGGGAGAAACCACACAAGUGCACGUUUGAGGGAUGCUCCAAAGCUUACUCCCGUCUGGAGAACCUCAAGACUCACCUGCGCUCACACACGGGCGAGAAACCAUACGUCUGCGAGCACGAAGGAUGCCACAAGGCGUUCUCCAACGCCUCGGACCGGGCCAAGCACCAGAACCGGACUCACUCCAAUGAGAAACCCUAUGUGUGUAAAAUCCCCGGAUGUACCAAGCGCUACACGGACCCCAGCUCGCUCAGGAAGCACGUGAAGACAGUCCACGGACCCGAAGCCCACGUCACCAAAAAGCAGCGCAGUGACCUGCCGCCGAGGCCUCCGCCGCCCAGGGAGAACGGCGAGAACGAGACGGGCGCCCGGGACCGAAUACGAGAAGACAAGUUAUCAGACAGCGGCGCCCCCAGAGGCAUGGAGGACUACCUGCACAUCAAAUCCAUCAAGACGGAGAGCUCUGUGAUGUAUCAGUCCAGCCCUGGCGGUCAGUCGUCAUGUAGCAGCGAGCCAUCGCCCCUUGGCAGUGCCGCCAACAAUGACAGUGGAGUAGAGAUGGCAGCGUACAGCGGGGGGAGUCUGGGGGACCUCACCACGCUGGACGAACUGCCCUCGACCGACCUGCUAGGCUCAGACGGCUCCCCAGGCGGGGCAGUAGUAGUGGGCCUUCACCUUCGCAAGCAGCUGGGAACCGGCCUGCGCCUUGAGCAUCUGAAGAGGGAGAAACUGAAGGCAGUGGGGGACUCCUGUCUGUGGGCCGGCAACCCGGUAGUGCCGGCACCGACCCACAGCACCAAACUGCCACCCAUCCUGACAGGCGGGUCCCUCGUGGAGAGCCCAGGUAUGGUUGGGGGCCCCACAUCAGUCCCCGUCCCCGGCUUGGGCAACCUGUUCCUGGGUAAGAUGACACUGCUGGGCCAGAUGUCGGAGCGCCGGGACAGUACCUCCAGUACCCUGAGCUCCGUGUACACUCUCAGCCGCAGGUCCUCCGGCAUCUCCCCCUGCUUCUCCAGCCGACGCUCCAGCCAGGCCUCACAAUCCAGCACCAGUCGUUGUGUCAACAUCAGCUCGGCUGACUCCUAUGACCCCAUCUCCACCGAUGUCUCCCGGCGCUCCAGCAUAGCCAGCCAGUUUGCGGGAGGUGGGGGUGGAGCAGGAGCGGGCAGAGGAGGAGGUCUGCCCAGCCCCCUCAGCCUGACCCCCGCCCAGCACUACCGCCUCAAGGCAAGGUAUGCUGCAGCAACUGGGGGUGCGCCUCCAACACCCCUCCCAAAUAUGGAGCGAAUGAGUCUGAAAACCCGCCUGGCAUUGUAUGGGGACUCCCAGGAGACCUGCAGCUCCAACAGUGCAAUGGGUGUGCCUCCCAAGUGGUGCGGUAACUAUGCAGCUCGCAGCCUGAUGCCACAUGAGGCCCCAUCUAAUGUCCGCCGUCGAGCCAGCGAUCCCGUCAGAUGGCCUGCCGUGGAGUCCCUCUGCCAACCCCAAAUACAGCGCUACAACAGUAUGGGUGCACUGGCAGUUAGAGGUGGGCUGCACCCCCAGCCACUUCUUGCUGCAGAUCGGAGACUUACAGCCCAGCAAGGCUAUCUGCAAUCAAACGGCAGCCCACACCACUUCUCUUAUGUCCAGCAGCCACCCAGUAUCUCUGAAAACAUAAACGUGGAGACCAUGACGGGGGACAUACCGGUGGAAGCCAUGGUGCUGUCAGAGGAUGUCGUACAGUUCCUCAGCCCAGAGAACGGAUCAGUCCAUACCCGACAAGUACAAACUCUCCAGGGAAAUGCAAACUUCCAGCUGCAGCCGUACUCCCAGGGAAACACGACUAUCCUGGAUGCAAACAUGAACCCAGCUUCCUCAGCCACACCAGCUUGCAGUAUGAGCCCAGGACAGCAGCAGCAACAGCAGUUGUGUCUGUCUUCCAUCAGGCACCGUUGUUCCAACACUUCCAUCCAGUGUAACAAAGUAUCCUCAGAUACCAUGGGGAGUACUACCCUGCACUUGUCCAAACCACAGUUCAGAGGAAACCUGACCAUUUUCCAGCAGAACCAAAACUUUGGAUCUUUCCACAGCAAUCUCAGCUCCAACCAACAGGCAGUGGAGAAGCUCGAGUACGCAACCCAGCAGAGACACCAAUCCCACAGCACUGAUACACAAACAAACUUUUUGCAACAACAAAGGUUUGAGCAGAUCUCAAAUCUCAAUGAACCAAACAGCUCCCAGUGUCGGUUUGACCAAAGGAUUGGUCUUUAUGAUGCUAACGGUAAUUCCACUCAUCGUCUGUCUUGUCAUAACAUGUCAAGAGUCAGUGCAGGCAUGCAGAGCCCUAGCUGCAAGCAGCAGACUAUGCAGACAGCUGACACGCAUUACAAUGAUUUGGGGGCACAGUCUGUUGUAAUUAAACUUGAGGAUUGUGAUGAAUCACAUGUGGUAUCACAUCAACAGAACAUGACAUCCCAGCAUCCAAAGCAAUGUAAGAAUCAAGGACUUCUUCAGCCAAGGCCACCCACAAGACCCAAGUCCCUAACAAGGCACCAUUCAGGGCAAAACACAAUGCCGCAAAUGGGCAUCGCUCAGUCCAACCCGAACCCAGAUACUAUGACUAACAUGUCUGCUGAUAGGGUUGUGGGACAGCACUGCAAUGGCAAUUCUGAAGAUAAUGCUGUGUACUACACAGGACAGAUUCAGGUGUUUGAAACCAAUGGGAACAUGGACCAUCAUCUCUCUCCUGUGGUGGAUGUAUCCCAGCUUGUCCCAGGAGGCACUGAAAACAAUGUCAUGGCAUCUCCGCGGAUGCAGAUAGACUUUGACAGCAUGCUGGAUGAUGGGGAUCAUUCCAGCCUCAUGUCAGGGACCCUGAGUCCGGGUCUACUGCAGAAUUUGUCCCAGAACUCCUCGCGCCUCACCACCCCAAGGAAUUCAGUAACCCUGCCCUCGGUGCCAGCAGGGACUGGAAACAUGGCCAUCGGAGACAUGAGCUCUUUGCUGUCAACUCUGGCAGAAGAGAGCCAGUUCCUCAACUUGAUGUCCUAG